AUGUCGAAAAAACGGCAGAGAAAUGCAUUUGUUGACGAACAAGCGGAAGAAGAUUCGGGCGAAGAAAGUGACACUGAGAAAAAACAACGGAUAGCUGCUAUGAAAAAACUUAAAUCCAAUCGGCCAAUGAGUGACGAUGAUGACGAUGAUGAUGAUGCCGAUGUAAUGGACGAAGCAACGGCUACAGAAUUAAAAAAUUUCAUCGCUGAACCUGGAGAGGAAGAAGAGGAGGAAAAUGCUAAUGACCAAUCUGGUUCAGGAGAAUCAGACGACGAAGAUGAUUUCGAUGAUGAUGAUCUAGCAUUGAUCCAAGAAAAUGCCAAACCACGAAAAACACGGGUACAAAUCGAAGGUGAAGAUAGUGACGACGAAAGCCAACAAGGUGCAUUACAACAUGAACGAACAUCGAGUAGUCACAAACGACGAGAUGAUAUCGAUAGACAAAGUGUACAUAAUGAUGAUAACGACGAUGGUGAGAAUGGAGAUUAUGAAGAUGAUGAUGACUUCAUCGUCGAUGAUGAGAAUCGACCAUUACCGAAAUCAUCUCAUCGAAGAAGUCAAAAUGCACCAAAUAUCGCCGAGGCACAAGCUAUAUUUGGUGAUGAUUUCUCAUUUAAUGAUAUCAAAUUCGAUGAAAUAAACGACGAUGCUGAAGAUGAAGAAGACGGGGAAGAAGACGAAGAAGAAGAGGAGGAGGAGGAGGAAGAAGAAGGAGAAGAAGCAGCCGAACCAGAAUAUGAUGAAGAUGGAAAUCUGAUUGAAAGUGAAUCAACAACGGCAAAAAGGCAAAGAAAACGUAAAGCUCAACGGCGUAAACAAAAAGCUGAAGAAUUAUUCGAACCUGAAGAAUUGAAACGCGGUUAUCUAACAGAAACAGAUAUAAACAUACGAAGAAUCGAUAAACCGGAAAGAUUUCAAUUAAGGCAUAUUCCGGUCACCGAAGCAAAAGAAGAUGAACUUGAGGAAGAAGCCGAAUGGAUUUAUAAUGGAGCAUUCCUUAAGCCUACCCUUUCUCUUCAACCCGUCGAUGAAGAUACAGCAAAAAAUAUCCAAGUGAAGAAGAAAAUCAAAAAUGCGUUAAAUUACAUUCGUAAUGAUUCAUUUGAAGUACCGUUCAUUGCAUUUUAUCGCAAAGAGUAUAUUGAACCUGAUCUGAAAAUGCAAGAUCUUUGGAAAAUAUGGCAAUGGGAUGAAAAAUGGAUGAUAUUCAAGACUGAAAAGGAUAAAUUGAUGUCAAUGUUUGAGCGUAUGGAUAAAUAUCGAAAUUAUCAAUAUGAACAAUUGGGUGAUACAAAUGAAGAAGCACUGACCACAAAAUUGCUGACAGAUUGUGAUAUUGACAAGGAUCGUCUAGUGCGCGCACAAACUCUCGAAGAGGUCACCGAUUUACGCGAUCAAUUCCAUGUAUAUUAUAAUGCUGAUAUACCAAACAUGCGUUUGCGCGAAAAGCUGCUCGAAUAUCGUGAGGAACGCGAAAAACGUAAGAAGUUAAUAGCAAACAUGGAGCAGAACGACAAUGAUGAACAACCGUUGCCAACAAUAGAUGAUGAAGAUGAAUUGGACGAAGAAACUUUAGUUGAUCAAAUACGUGAUCAGUUGAAUAUCAAAGCACAACCUAGACAAAAAACUGAUUAUUACAGUGCUUGCAAAGAAGCGCAUUUAGAAGGUCUAGUGAAGAAAUUCGGUUUGAAACCCGAUAAACUAGGUGAAAAUCUUUACGAAAGCUAUCAAAAGAAUGAAAUCGAUCAAUAUCCCAUUGGACCAUUAGCCACAUGUGAAGAGUUUAUCUGUAAACAAUUCUCCAACACACAAGCUGUCCUACAGGCUGCGAUCUUCAUGCAUGCACGUCAACUAUCCCUCGAUCCAUUAGUGCGUUACGUUAUUCGUCGUGAAUACACUUUGCGAUGUAUGAUCAAUGCUCGGCCAACACGUCUUGGUAUGCAAUCGAUUACGGAAGAUCAUCCUUGUUAUACAAUCAAGUAUCUGACGAACAAACCGGUUAAUACAUUCACCAAAGAUCAAUUCCUUCAUUUGUAUCAAGCUGUUAAAGAUGGUCUGAUGACCGUUGAGUAUUCCAUUGAUAAUAAAGGAAUUUCUCAUACUUAUGCCGAUGAUAUCAAACGUUCGUAUACACGUGAUGAAUAUUCCGAUAAUGUUCUUGAGUGGAACAAGAUUCGUGCAAUGUGUAUUGAUCUAAUGCUCACGAAAUUUCUCUAUCCGAAAUUUCAACGAGAACUUGAAGAAAUUUUACUUGAUGAAGCUAAACAAUAUGUUAUGAAGCAAUGUUCAAAGUGUUUGAAUGACUGGAUCAAAAUGGCACCAUAUCGUCUAUCGAAUGAUGAAAAUGUUACAAGUAUAUCCGAUGCUGGUGUACGAGUUCUAUCAAUCAGUUAUUCGACCGAUCCCGAUGAUGUUUCCUUUGCUGUUAUAUUAAGUUCUGAAGGACAAGUAAUGGAUUUCAUUCGUUUACCCAAUAUUAUGUUACGAGAUAAUUAUUCGCCGGAGAAUCGAACGAAAAAAGAUAAAGAUUUCGACGCCAUUCGAGAAUUCAUCAAGCAGCGUGUUCCUGAUGUUAUCUGCAUUGGUGUGGAAAGUCGCGACGCAUUCUAUUUACGUACACGCUUAGAAAAAAUGGUUAGUGACUUACAACAUGACGAAGAACAAUUCCAGAACCUACCUGAGCCGAUCAAAGUUCUUCUAUGUGAUACCGAAUUAGCCAAAAUCUAUAGUAAAUCUCGUAAAGGCGAAUCCGAUUUUCGUGAUUAUCCUUCUAAACUUCGUCAAGCAAUCUCGCAAGGACGUUGCCUACAAGAUCCAUUACUAGAAUUCUCACAGUUAUUCAACUAUGAUAAAGAAAUUCUUCUGCUUAAAUUUCAUCCAUUACAACAUUUGAUCGAUCGAGAAAAACUACUGACUAGUCUUGAACAAUGUUUAAUUGCACGUACAAAUGAAGUUGGUGUCGAUUUAAACCGUUGUAUUGCAUAUUCUCAUACCGCCAAUGUUUUACAAUUUGUCUGCGGUCUUGGUCCGCGAAAAGCAACACAUUUGAUUAAACACUUCAAACAAACCAAUUCACAAUUAGAAAAUCGUACAUUUCUCAUUGUUAAUUAUCCGAUGGGGAAAUGCGUGUUUACGAAUUGUGCAGGAUUCAUUAAGAUCAAUACGGACGCUAUGAAAGAAAGUAAUUCAUAUAUUGAAAUCUUGGAUAGCACACGUAUACAUCCGGAAGCUUAUGAUUGGGCACGAAAGAUGGCUGUGGACGCCUUAGAUAUCGAAGAAUCGUCCGAAAUGGAACCGAGUGCUGCCUUGGAAGAAAUCUUUCAAAACUCUGAACGGCUGAAAGAUCUCGAUUUAGAUGCAUUUGCAGUCGAAUUAAAAAAUACUUCUUAUGGAGAUCAAUCGAUCACUCUAUAUGAUAUACGUGCUGAGUUAACACAUCGAUAUCGCGAUGUACGUGUUCGUUAUGAACCCCCUAGUCCGGAAGAUUUAUUUCAUUUUAUUACCGAAGAAACGCCGGAAACAUUUCAUUUGGGUAAACUCAUUCAAUGUCAAGUUUAUGACUUUGCAAGAAGACCACCGACACGUGAACAACUCGAAGGUGCACAGCCAGAAAAAGACGAAGCAACUGGAAUGUUGAAAUGUCCAUUGUGUCAUACAGAACGAUUUCACAAUGUCAAAGAAGCAUGGAAUCAUUUUGACUCAAAGAACAUAUGCAAAGGAAUACCAGUCGGUGUACGCGUUCGUUUGGAUAACGGUUGUACAGGCUUCAUAAAACUUCGUGAUUUAUCUGACUCCCCAGUGACGAAUCCGUUAGAACGAGUGAAAUUGCAUCAAACUAUCUAUGCGCGUAUUUUAAACAUCAACAUUGAACGGUUCAGUGUGGAUUUAACAUCAAAAUCGAGUGAUUUACGUGAUGAUAAAGAACGCUGGCGACCACAAAAAGAUUCAUUUUAUGAUCGUACACUUGAAGCAGAAGAUCUGACUGAAGCAGAAAAAGAUAAACAAUUGAAACAAGCAGCUAAAGAACGUAGUUUUAUUAAACGCGUCAUUGCUCAUCCAUCGUUCAUGAAUAUAAACUAUACUGAAUGCGAACGCAUUCUCGCAAGCAAAGAUUUAGGCGAUGCGAUUGUACGGCCAAGCUCCAAAGCAGCUGAUCAUUUGACAAUCACAUGGAAAUUGGUCGAUGGUGUUUUGCACAAUAUCGAUGUUAUUGAAAAAUCGAAAACGAAUCAAUUCUCGUUGGGUAAACGCUUGUUAAUUAUCGAUCCACGUACACAAGAAACGGAAGAAUUUGAAGAUUUGGAUGAAAUUCUUGCACGUUAUAUCAAGCCGAUGGCAGACACAGUUGCUGAUAUCAUUUCGCAUAAAUAUUAUCGUAAUUUAGCUCAACCAUUACCAUCCUCGACACCAUCAGGUGCAGCGACACCAGCACAAGCAACAAAUACAACACCAGCAGCAACAGCAAUAACUUCAUCAACUUCGGGUCUACCACCAUUGACGAAUGAUGCACAACGAAUUCUCAAUAAUCUUCUCAUCGAAGACAAACGACGCAAUCCGACACGUAUACGUUACUACAUUACAAUAUCGCGUGAAUAUCCAACAAAAUUUCUUCUGUCAUAUAUGCCAGCGCGUCGACCCGUACACGAAUAUUUUACUAUUACGUCCAAUGGUGUUCGAUUUCGUUCGAAAGUGUUUUCAUCGCUAACGGAAACAUUGAAUUGGUUCAAAAUUCAUUACAACGAUAACGCAGUGACACCGUCACCAAUGCGUCCAUCGUCAACCAACAUUCGCGCUCCACCAUCACUACAGCCGCCACCUUCAACUCAUUCGAUGUCAAUAUGUUCAACUCCACUCACGUCUGGUUCAUCAAUGGUUUCAUCUGGUUUUAGUCAACCACCACCGCCCAUGCCUACGUCAGGUUUCAGUAUCCCACCUCCAACAGCUGCUGCUAGCGUUCUACCGACAGCACCGCAUACCGGCAUGGUCACAAGUGGCUUUAGUCAACCACCCCCAACUAUGGGUACAAUGCCAACAGUUUUGCCACCACCUCAAAUGAUGAUGCCGCCUGCGAAUUUCUUUGCUUAUUUUCAACAAUAUCAACAACAGCAACAACAACAGCAACAGCAGCAGCAACAACGGUUUUGA